AUGGAGAAUAAGAGACCCAGGGCUUUAGAGUAUUUAAGAGAAGAAUUUGUGGAGAAACGCAGGAAGAAAUACCUAGAAAAUCUCGAGUCAUUUACUGAAUUCGACAGUUUCGAGUAUUCAUUCAAUAAUACCGAUUUUUCCAUUCAAUCAAAGAUUCCUGUGGAUCCCACAAUUUUCGAUGAAUAUUCAGUUAACCAAACUGAUAUUAAUGAAAUUUUAGUCUUUCCUGAGUUUAUUACCUGUUUGGAUUCAUUAAUCUCUGAAGAAGUUGCACUAAUAAAGGAAAGUUUGUUUUUUGUCAGACCCGAAGGCUCCAGGGCUUUGAUUUACAUCAAGAACAACUUUGCCACUGUUUACAACAAAGAAGGCACUGUUAAAAACUAUUUUAAGAUUGGAUUAAAGGGUCUUACCAUUUUGGAUUGUGUAUACUAUAAAUCCAACUCAGAAAAUACUUUUAAGUCAUCCAACGGUAUUAAGUCCAGCAAGCUACACAUAUAUUACGUUCUGGAUAUUCUUCUUUUAAAUGGAUGUAUUUUGACAACUUCUGAGUUACAAUGUAGAUUGUUUUUUCUAAAUUCAAUAUUAGAUGAAUUAAAUACGUCAACAAAUGCUUUGUUUCAACUGGUUAACUAUUAUGAAUUCGAUUCAAAAAGGCUAGAGUCUAUAUAUAACAGCAAAUACAUUGAGUCCGAAAGCGUAAUAUGCAAAUUAUACAACAUAAAUAACGAAUUGUACACCUUUGACCGUGUUUUCGUCGGUAAGGCCGGCGACGAGUUCAAGGAGAAGAUAGUCAGGAUCGCUGUGACCGAUUUUAAGGAUUUUAAGGUCAGCUAUCGCAUUGUUGGCGAGGGCAAGUCGUACAAGAAUCCUGACACCUUGCGCAAGAUUUAUGUAAAUUAUGUAAACCAUAAACGCGCAAAUACCGACUUCGGUAAAAUAUUAAAGUACUUGUAA